GAAUUUAAGGAUAAUGCUUUGAAGAACAAGGUUAUUUCUAUGGGUUACUCAAUCAAUGAGUCUACAUAUCGAUACUACCGCAGAGAAAUUGGCAUCGUAAACCCAGAAGCUUUGAAAUGGUUAGACAAUAUACCAUGACAAGAUUGGAUUCAAGCAUUUGAUGGAGGUAGCCGUUGGGGUCAGAUGACCACCAACCUUGUGGAGUCGAUGAACGCAGUAUUAAAAGAACCACGCAACCUUCCCAUCACUGCUUUGGUCCAAUCAACAUAUUAUAAAACAGGUACACUAUUUCCAACCAUGGCAAAACAACACGCAUCAAUUUUAGCUUCUGGUCAGAUAUACACAGAAAAAUGCAUGACUUUUAUGAAAUCGGAAAUACGUAAAUCAAAUAGUCAUAGAGUCGAUAGUUUUGAUCGAAGCAACCACACUUUCAUGGUCCACGAGACAGUAGUUCCAAAAGAAGGGCGACCAAUUGGUCAUUUCAGUAUAAAUCUUCCCAACAAGUGGUGCGAUUGUGGAAAAUAUCAAGCUAAACAUAUGCCUUGUUCACAUGUGAUAGCAGCAUGUUCUAGCAUCAAAUAUGAUUAUUGGAGCCUUAUAUCCGAAGUGUACAAGGUGGAAACAGUACUUAAAGUCUACAGUGAAGCGUUCCAACCGAUACCAAACGAAGGAUAUUGGCCACAAUAUGAAGGUGUUAAGGUGUGUCACAAUCCACUAAUGCGAAGAGUCAAGAAAGGUCGCCCAAAGACCAAGCGCAUUAGAACAGAAAUGGACACUACGGAUAGAGUCCCAAGAAAGUGCGGAUUAUGUCGGGUAUCUGGUCAUACUAAGAAACAUUGUCCAAACGCUGCUGGCACAUCUACUCAAAAUUGAUGUAUUUUUUUUCUUUUAAUUUAAUGUAAUUUUAUUUUAA